UUCUGUUCACUUCCUGUAAAAUUAUGCUCAACAGAAACAGCUACAUGUGAAACACAGACGAAAUCCCCGGACACUACUUCAGAAGAGUGAGAAAAUGGAUGACUUCCUAACCAUCUCAUGAAGUGUUUUCCUUACUGAAUGAAAUGGUGCAUUAGGCUUGAGGCACUGUAACAGCCAGAGGAGCUGCCAUGGAUGCCCUGGCUGUUAGUGGAACACAGCACUCCCCGCUGAAAUAUUUUGACCAAAUAGAGGCGUUCAGAGCAGAGAAACGCGAACACCUGCGAGGACGUAACAAUGUGACUUCAUGUCGCAGCCCUACCAGAGAGUUUGACACAAAACUGAUAAAAAAUGAACUGAAAGAAAAGAGACAUCUGGAAUUCCUGAGGAGGAGAUCUGUGAGCCCAGAGCUGUGUGGUGUGAAGCCUAUGAAGCAUAUUUCAAAGAUAAAACCUUCAACAAAAACACUUUCAGUGACACAUUGCAGUUCAAGAAGCAAGUCAGACACUCUGCACACAAAUGUCCAAAAUGCAUUCACCAUUAAUAGACACCCACUGAUGUUUUCAGCACCAAACAGCAGCAUGACAGAUGGUCCAAGCACCAGCAAAUGGGCUUCAUCAUGGUCUGAACAGGCAACACUGAUGAGGCCAGAGAAAGGCCAUACAUGGAUGCAAACCUUCACACCAGUGAUGAUGGAGUCAAAUGGACACAGAACAAAACGCACCGACAACCGAGAGAAUAGAACUAAUGCUCAAAAGACAAAUAUCAAAACAGAAAAGAUUCACCAAGAAUUCUCCCUCCAUACUGAAAAUACUCUCCAAAAAAAGACAUUGCGAGAGGCUGCUGUGCAAACAGAGUCUGGCCUUGUCACUGUGAAGGAAUCAGAUGUUCAGCGGUUAGCUGACUAUUUGCAGGAGGCCCUGUGGAGGGAGGAGGUUGUGAAGAAGAAGCUGGCAGCCCUCCAGGAGAGCACGUCGAGCCUCCUGAACUCCUCGAGCAAAAUAUGGACAGCUCGCUGCAGUGAAGACUUGCUGAGAAACAAGAUCAAGGCUCUGGAGGCGCAGCUGCAAGUCUGUCUGCAGAAGUUUCCAAAAGAUGCUGUGAAGAAACUGGUGGUACAGAUGGAGAAACAAAAACUGAUAUAUGAGGAGAAGGCCCUAGUCGCCCUGCAGAAGGCCACACAGGAGAAAACUGAGGCACUCAGCAAAGCUGAGACACUGCAGGAAGCACUAAAUACAACAAAGGCAGAGGCACUGAGGUGGCAGAGUGAGUGUGAGGAGCUGAGGCUCAGCUCUGGACAACUCAGGGAGCAGCUGCACCUCAGUAAUGAAAAGCUGCAACAGCUACACAGCCAAGUGGAGCUGUCCACGUCCAGAGAGGCUGAGCUGACGGAGGCAGUGCUGUCAUUAACACAAGAGAAGAAAGAGCUGCAGUGCAACAUUCGCCUGCUGGAAGAGGGCAACCAGAGUUUAAGAGAAAUUCAGCACCUUAGGGAUGGCAGCAAUGAGAGCCAGGACUUUAUAAUGGGUGGGGGUCUGACGUCAGAGGAAGCAGAGCCACGACUGAUGGUGAGGAGAGACUCUGAGGUGGAGGAGCAGCUCCGUCACACUCAGGAGAAACUUCGGCUCAAGGAGAGAGAGUGUGAGGAGCUGCAGAUGGAACUGCAUACCAUGGAGCAGGAGUGUCAGUCCAGCCUGUCCCGGUUGUCGCAGUGCAGAGAAGAACUCCGGCAACUCAGCUACCGCCGCAGGAAAGUGGUGAGCAGUACGCGGUGUGGGUCCUGGUGGAAGAUGUGUGUUUUCCUCCUUGUACUCCUCGCUGUGGCAGGGGUUGCCAUGUUGUGGCUCUGGCAUCCUCCUUUCAGGGAGCAAGUUGAAGACCUUUAUUCAGACAUAGAAACACGUAUUGAAGAUUAUCUCAUGGAAAUGGCCUCUCCUGGACACUCAGGCUGUUUUAGACCAAUAUGAUAAUGCAAUUGCUCAGGAAUGUUAUUUUGUUGUUUUUGUUUUUUUAUAUCAUUAUAGGAUGUAGUUUAUUGAAAUGUUUGUAUACUAUAUUUUAGGUUUAGAAGAAAAUGCAUGUGUGCCAUGAGAUAAUGCUGUGUUGAUGUGUGGAUGAUGUACUGUACAUGUGUGCAGAUAGAUCAAAUACAAGUGUGGAAAAACAUCACAGUUAUUGUAAUGUUUGCAACAAUGAAAACAUGGUAAAAGCUCUGUCCGUUCACAAAUGGACAUUAAAGGCACAUAAAAAACUGUGAAUCAAUAAUAUCAACAGAAUAGUUAGGAGAAGAGGAAAAAUCCUUUUUACUGUAAACAGCUUAUUUUGUCAACAGCACCACCUGGAAGUAUUAAAAAGUCACAUAGAACAUUAAAAUCUAUUAAAAUAAAGAGAAAAAUUCCAAGUAAUCAUUUCAGGUGGUUAUUUAGUUACAUCAGUGCCGCGGGAUUUUUAAGGAGCUGUUUUAGAUUCAUUGUUGAAAAUGGCAUUGCAAGACAGAGUA